CCCAGGUACGAGAUUGAAUAUGUAAUAGGCUAAUACUUGAUAUACCGAAAAUAAAUAAUCUUCAAACAGAUAUAUCAACAUUGAAGAAGCACUCUCUUCAUCUUCCACUUGAUACAAUUGCUGUCUGCGUUUUACAUGACAUAUAAUAUGAGAUUAGGUACUAUGAGUGUGUAGUUUGAUUGUGAAAGAGGUAUGGCUUGUUUUUCUAUACCCUGUAAUACUGGGUCAUUUGUUAUUGUUACCCCUUCUAUGCCCCAAAAAACAUAUCUUGGGGUGUGUGGAGGUUUGGGUACUAGGUCAUUUGUUUUGUCUUCUUUAGGGUUUAACCAAUGCUACAAGUUUCCAUAUGAGUUUGUUUGGGACAAGAAGCUAGGGUAUUGUGGUGGUAGAAGUAGAGUUCCCUCAUUAAGGGUUCCUUAUUGUUGCAAGACUCCACACGGUGUUUCAAGAAGCAAUAAAAUUCAGCCAUUUGUGAGUAGAAGCAAGGGUGAGAAGAAAACUCACUAUGGUAAGGGUGAAGGUAAUAGGUUGAAGAAGAGGUUUUCAUUGAGAUUGCGGCCAAGGUUACGGUUAUUGGCUAUGAGAAUUAAAAGGGCUUCUAUUAAGUCCAUUUUGAAUGAAUUAGAGGUACUUAUUCGUAAGAACAUUAGAGCAGUAGCAUUUUCUGCCUCAGUUUCUGUUGUGUUCAGCCUUUGUUUCCUGUUUCUAAAAUUGACUGCACUCCCCCCUCCGAAAUCUGUUCCAUAUUCCGACUUGAUCACCAGCCUUCAGAAUGGAUAUGUUGAAAAGGUUUUAGUUGAAGAGGGGUCACGACGUAUAUAUUACAACAUGAAGUCCCAAAAUGUUGAAAAUGAUCAUGUUUCCGGUGAAGAAUCUCAAGUUGUAGAUGUUUCCAUUGAUGUGGAUGUUGAUAAGAUAGGGAGUGAGGGUGCUUCUAGGGCUGGCCAAACUCCAGUAGUGAAUGUACAAAAGAAAUUCUCUAAGACAAGAGCUUCAAUUCCUGAAUGGCAGUAUUCCACUAGAAAAAUAGAUCAUGAUGAAAAAUUCCUUGUUAGUUUGAUGAGAGAAAAAGGGGUUACAUAUAGCUCUUCCCCUCAAUCUGUGUUGAUGUCAAUGAGGAGUACUUUGAUCACUGUGAUAACACUGUGGAUACCUUUAAUUCCACUGAUGUGGCUUCUGUAUCGGCAACUUUCUGCUGCUAAUAGUCCUGCAAGGAAGCAGAGGCCUAAUAGUCAGACAGUUGGGUUUGAUGAUGUGGAAGGUGUUGAUUCUGCAAAAGUAGAGCUCAUGGAGAUAGUUUCAUGUCUUCAAGGGGAUAUAAAUUACCGCAAGCUAGGGGCAAAGUUACCUAGAGGUGUGCUGCUGGUGGGUCCUCCUGGAACUGGGAAGACACUACUUGCACGAGCAGUGGCAGGGGAAGCAGGUGUACCCUUUUUCACUGUAUCCGCUAGUGAGUUUGUGGAGUUGUUUGUUGGAAGAGGGGCGGCUAGAAUCAGAGACCUUUUCAACGCGGCGAGAAAAUUUGCACCAUCAAUCAUAUUCAUCGAUGAACUUGAUGCAGUAGGAGGCAAGCGUGGAAGAAGUUUCAAUGAUGAGCGUGACCAGACACUAAACCAGUUGCUGACUGAAAUGGAUGGAUUUGAAUCUGAGAUGAGAGUGGUAGUGAUUGCAGCAACUAACCGGCCAGAAGCCUUGGAUCCGGCUUUAUGUCGGCCUGGUCGUUUCUCAAGAAAAGUAUAUGUAGGUGAACCUGAUGAAGAAGGAAGGAGAAAAAUAUUGGCUGUGCAUCUGAGAGGAGUUCCUUUGGAGGAGGACACUAACAUCAUUUGCCAUUUAAUUGCUUCUCUUACUACUGGUUUUGUAGGUGCUGAUUUGGCAAAUAUUGUCAAUGAAUCCGCUUUGCUUGCUGCUCGUAGAGGUACUGAAACUGUGGCAAGGGAAGACAUAAUGGAAGCUAUUGAAAGAGCAAAAUUCGGAAUCAAUGAUAAGCAAUUCAGGUCUAGUAAAAUAAGCAAGGAGCUAACCAAGCUAUUCCCUUGGAUGCCAUCACUGAUGGGAAAAAAUGAAAGAAGACAGGAUGACCUGAAAGGACCAUUAGGUUAUCAAUCACUCAGUUCAUGAUUUUUCCUGUUCAAUUUUCUUAUGUUUUCCUCUAUUUUUUCAUUUCAUUGUUACCCUUUACAUAAUGCCUGAGAAUAUACACUGUCAGCAGAAAGGGAAGAUGUAAUAUAGCCGGCAAAAGGCCAAGUUUAUGGUCACUGAUUACUUGAUUCUGCCUGCAAUUUGAGGUUGCAAAAUUCGACCCU